AAAGCGCCUGGACGCGCCGGGCCGCGCUGCGCACUUUGGAGACGCUCCCCGCGCCGCGGCGAGGCGAGGCGAGGCAGGCGAGGCGAGCGCGGCUCCGCGGCGGCCGCCUUGGAGAGGCACCCGGGCGAGCUCGCCGCAGCCGCAGCCGCAGCCGGAGCCGGAGGGUGGCAGCGCAUGCACCGGACCGGGCGGGGCGCGGAGCUCCAGCGAUGCCUUUCUCCGUUUGGUUCGGCCUGCUGCUACUCUUCCCGGGCAUCACGACUUCAAAGACUUGCUUCCCGGGAUGCCACUGCGAAGUGGAGAGCUUUGGCCUCUUCGACAGCUUCAGCCUGACCAAGGUGGACUGCAGUGGGCUUGGAUCCCAUAUAAUGCCUGUUCCUAUUCCCCUGGAUACUACCUACUUGGAUCUGUCCUCGAACCACCUGGAAUCCAUCAACGAGUCGAUGCUGACAGGCCCUGGAUAUACCACCCUCGUUAGCCUUGACUUGAGUUACAACAAAAUCUCAAAGAUUCUUUCCACGACGUUCUCCAGACUCAGGUACCUCGAAUCGUUGGAUCUGAGUCAUAACUCGUUGGUUGCCCUGCCAGAUGAAUGCUUCUCCCGGUCGCCCCUGGGGGACAUCGACCUGAGCAACAACCUCAUACUGGAAAUAGCAAUGGACGUCUUUGCCUCCAAAGGUCAAGGGAAGCCCAUCAACGUUGAUCUCUCCCACAACUUAAUAAGCCGUGUCUCAAGACACCAGAGCAAAGUCAUCCCCAACAUCCAAAGCUUAAACUUGUCUGGCAAUAGGUUAAAGAGUAUACCAAACCUUCAAGGGAUACCCCUCCGGUAUCUAAAUCUCGACGGAAACCCACUUUCAUCCAUCGGGAAAGAGGCAUUCUUGGGAUUGAAGGAUUUAAACCACCUGUCGCUGAGCGGGAUCCAUGAGCUCACGGAGAUGACGCCUUACUGCUUCAAAGACCUGCCUGCUCUCCAAGUGCUCGACUUAUCCAACAACCCCAAUAUCCAUUCGUUGCAUGCUGAAGUCUUUUACAGAUUAAGUUCCUUGCAGGAGCUCAACCUGUUGGGCACAGGUGUGGCGACCUCCAUAUCAAAAGAGAUGCUGAAAUACUUGCCUUCCAUCAAAAGCAUCACCUUGGGCACAAACAUCAAGUGUCUUAAGACAAUCCGGGAAGGUCAGUAUCACAGACAAACCGGGCUGACGAAGAAAGAGUUCCUCACCUGUCACGACAGCCGUGGGUCAGUGGCCCCCUAUGCUUUGUGACAAGGACCAAGGAGGGUGAAUGGAUAGCCUUGGACUUUAUAAAGCCACAAAUGUGCCUUCUGUAAAAAGUGUUAAUUUAUAUAUUUUGCAUAUUUCAAUACUUGAUUACAAUGAUUGAUGAAGA